AUGGCAAAGCUUAAUUUUUUGGCUGUUUUUCUUCUAACCCUCAUCACUAAUUCCAUUGCAUUUCCAACUGAUGAAUUAGUUCAUACACUCGAUAAACGAUCGAAUAAAUGUCCUUGCGCCUUCGCCGUCGCAGAUUUUGAUCCAAAGAAUUCGAAUGGUCCAGUUAAAGGUAUUAUAACCUUUGCUCAAGAUGAAUCUGGUGCGACUACUGUAGCGGGAAUCUUCAGUAAAGGUUUCGAAGAUACAAAUGCGACUUACGAAUAUCAAAUCAAGGAUGAUUGCGGCAAUGUCCUCCAUGAUCUUACCAAAGAAUUGAAUGUACAAUUAUCCGGCGAUGGCGGUACCGAAUCUUUUAGACAUAAGUUUGAUAGCAUCAACCUCAACUGUGACAACAAAGGAAUUCUGAACGUGCAGACACUAGGAAAAGUACCAUUAUCUAAACGUAAUUGCAAGUCACUUAGUAAACGUGAUGACAAAGGAAAUGUAGUCGUUAGUAAAAAUGGUGAAGGUUAUAGCAAUGCGAAGCCAACAUAA